AUGCCCGUUUUGGAGCAGUUUAAGAACUUCAUCAGGCACGGAAAGGCAGCUCGGGAAGCGCCAGAAGGUUUGAGCAACGACGCCUCUGCAGGUCCGUCGAUCCAAGUUCAUCCCACCGACAGCUCCUCUUCUUCCAGGAAUCAGUCUUCCGUCAACCAGACCGGAUUCGCUCCUCAGGACAAAGCAUUACCCGUUCCCGCAACAACUUCACAAGCCCACGCCGCCGCUCCCAUUCCCGUCGUCGCAUCGGCAACAGCCUCUUCAUCUUCGCAGCAACCACAGUCAACAGCUUCUCAGUCACAGCAGGCCCGCGAUAUGAAGCAAUCAUCCAACGGCAACCACCUCAGCGUGCCCGCCGCCGGCACUUCGAAGGGCGCCACUGCAAACGAGCAGUACCAACGUGAGGCAGAGCGCAUCGUUGCCGAAGAGCGCGAGGCAUCCGAAAAGAUGCCCUACUACGAAGGUCUUAGCGAGCGAUUCCAGCUCAUCAAGAAGAUGGGAGACGGUGCCUUCUCCAACGUCUACAAAGCAAGAGAUCGUCAGACUGGCCAGAAAGUUGCCAUCAAGGUUGUCCGCAAGUAUGAGAUGAAUAGCAACCAGGAUCGACUUGACCCUAACUUCAGAAAGAAGAACCGCGUCACAGAGCGCGCAAACAUCCUCAAGGAGGUCCAGAUCAUGCGAAACCUCAAACACGAAGGUAUUGUCGAGCUCAUCUCCUUCUCCGAGUCUCGCGAGCACUACUUCUUGGUGCUUGAGCUCAUGGAGGGAGGCGAACUCUUCCACCAAAUUGUCAAGCUCACGUACUUCAGUGAGAGCCUCGCCCGCCAUGUCAUCCUGCAAGUCGCUCACGCCAUCCGAUACUUGCACGAGGAGCGCGGUGUCGUUCACCGUGAUAUCAAGCCUGAAAACUUGCUCUUCGAGUCGAUCAAGAUCAUUCCCUCCAAGCAGCCCAUCCAGCGUCCCUACGAUGAAGAGAAGGAGGACGAGGGAGAGUUCAUGCCUGGCAUUGGCGGUGGUGGAAUCGGACGAGUCAAGCUCGCCGACUUUGGUCUCAGCAAAGUCGUCUGGGAGGAGAGCACGAUGACACCAUGUGGUACUGUCGGUUACACAGCACCCGAGAUCGUCAAGGACGAGCGAUACUCGAAGUCGGUCGACAUGUGGGCGCUCGGAUGUGUUUUGUACACAUUGCUUUGCGGUUUCCCACCUUUCUACGACGAGUCGAUUUCAGUGUUGACAGAGAAGGUCGCCAAGGGAUACUAUACCUUCUUGAGUCCAUGGUGGGAUGACAUUAGCUCCUCUGCCAAGGACUUGAUCACACACUUGCUGUGUGUUGACCCUCGACAGCGAUACACCAUUGACGAGUUCCUGCGUCACCCAUGGUGCAAUGUCAAGGAUCCCAUCUCUAACCUCGAUUCUGCCGAUAUUACCCUCGCCAAGGCAUCCGAGAUGCCACACGAUUCGCCACUCUUGGCCGCCAUGAAGACGGGCAAUUCAGCUCGAAAUGCGAUGAUGUCGCCCGGGAUCAACCGUCUCAAGGAAGCUUUCGAUGUCACCUACGCCGUCCAUCGAAUGGAAGAGGAAGGUGCAAGGAAGCGUGCUGGCGGCAACAUCCCUCUCGGUGAGCUGAACGAAGAAGACGAGAGCGACGAAGCCGAUGAAGCCCGCCGAAAGUACGGCGAUGCAACGGGUGAAGCCAUCGAGAAGCAACGAGGUGCUCGUGACCACAACGACAGCAGCUCUGCAGCUCGUUCGCAAGCCGCCGCACAAUCGCGUCAACACCACCAGCAACAGCAAGCACAGUCAACACAACAGCAACAGUACCAAGGUCGGGGUGGUGCCGACCGUCGUCUUGCCGAAGCCGCACUCUACGAUGGUCGUGCAGGCCCGCGAGAUCGUGGUCAGAACUCGAACCGCAAGCGCGGAUUUGAGCUCAACAUGGGCAAUGCUACGUUGUUGGGCCGUAGGAACAAGGCUCAGGGCAGUGUGACGCCGAGGUUGGAUAACUUGGGUAAACCGAUCAUUGAUGGUGCUCAUGCUGCAGGUAUUGUUCCUGGCAGUCCUAUGCGUGUAGACUGA